GCCGGGCAGGUAAGGGCUGGUGCGGGACGGAGAGGAGCCGCAGCCCCGGCUUGGGCAGUCCCGGGAGCCGCUCCGCCGAGCCGUCGGGCAGCGCGGAGGUCGGCGACCCGUGCCCCUCGCUGCACGCUUGGUUCCCAGGGACAUCCGCCUCUAGGAGCCGGAUUGCGCAAAGCGCUUCCGGGUGGCAUAGAAAAAGGAAAGCCGACUUGAAGCCUGGCUCUUCAGAUCUCCGUGGACACAUUGCCUGCUCACCUGUAUCAUGGCCCUCCACCCCCGCAGAGUUCGGCUGAAGCCCUGGCUGGUGGCCCAGGUGGAUAGUGGCCUGUAUCCUGGGCUUAUCUGGCUCCACAGGGACUCCAAACGCUUCCAGAUUCCCUGGAAACAUGCCACACGGCAUAGCCCCCAACAAGAAGAAGAAAAUACCAUUUUUAAGGCCUGGGCUGUAGAGACUGGGAAGUACCAGGAAGGGGUGGAUGACCCUGACCCAGCUAAAUGGAAGGCCCAGCUCCGCUGUGCUCUCAACAAAAGCAGAGAAUUUAACCUGAUGUAUGAUGGCACCAAGGAGGUGCCCAUGAACCCAGUGAAGAUAUAUCAAGUGUGUGACAUCCCUCAGCCCCAGGGUUCAAUCAUUAACCCAGGAUCUACAGGAUCUGCUCCCUGGGAUGAGAAGGAUAAUGAUGUGGAUGAAGAUGAUGAGGAAGAUGAGCUUGAUCAGUCACAGCACCACGUUCCCAUCCAGGAUACUUUUCCCUUCCUAAACAUUAAUGGAUCUCCCAUGGCACCAGCCAGUGUGGGCAACUGUAGUGUAGGCAAUUGCAGUGUGGGCAACUGCAGCCCGGAAACCGUGUGGCCCAAAACGGAACCUCUGGAAAUGGAAGUUCCCCAGGCGCCUAUCCAGCCCUUCUACAGCUCUCCAGAGCUGUGGAUCAGCUCUCUCCCAAUGACUGAUCUGGACAUCAAAUUUCAGUAUCGGGGGAAGGAGUAUGGGCAGACUAUGACAGUGAGCAAUCCCCAAGGCUGCCGGCUCUUCUAUGGGGACCUGGGCCCCAUGCCUGACCAGGAGGAGCUCUUUGGUCCUGUCAGCCUGGAGCAGGUCAAAUUCCCAGGUCCGGAGCACAUCACCAAUGAGAAGCAGAAGCUGUUCACUAGCAAGCUGCUGGACGUCAUGGACAGAGGACUGAUCCUGGAGGUCAGCGGCCAUGCCAUUUAUGCCAUCAGGCUGUGCCAGUGCAAGGUGUACUGGUCUGGGCCAUGUGCCCCUUCGCUUGUUGCUCCCAAUCUGAUCGAGAGACAAAAGAAGGUCAAGCUGUUUUGUCUGGAAACUUUCCUUAGUGAUCUCAUCGCCCACCAGAAAGGACAGAUAGAGAAGCAGCCACCAUUUGAGAUCUAUUUGUGCUUUGGGGAAGAAUGGCCAGAUGGGAAACCCUUGGACAGGAAACUCAUCUUGGUUCAGGUCAUCCCUGUGGUGGCUCGCAUGAUCUAUGAGAUGUUCUCUGGUGACUUCACGCGCUCCUUCGACAGUGGCAGUGUCCGCUUGCAGAUCUCGACUCCGGACAUCAAAGACAACAUCGUUGCCCAGCUCAAACAGCUGUACCGCAUUCUGCAAACCCAGGAGAGCUGGCAGCCCAUGCAGCCCACCCCCAAUAUGCAGCUGCCUGCUGCCCUGCCGGCACAGUAAUCACCAAUGCCAUCUUCUCUUUCUCUUUUUUUUUUUUAUGAUAUUGUACAUAGGGGCAUUUUUUAUUAUUAUUUAGAUUUAACCAGCUUUUCAAUCUCUUUUCUUUAACAGUGUUAGAAGUUCAUAGCUCUCCAAAUAUUCUUCGCUUUCAAAGUUGAUUUAAUUUAUGGAAAAAUCA